UCACGGAGCGCUGAGCCGUGACUGACAGCUCGUUCCCUCCCGGUGCGGCCGCUUCCUCCGUGAUCCUCUACCGGCGGUCGGACGCUUCUACCGGCGGAACGAGCAGUGCGACUGGGAUGCGAGUGGUGUGACCCCCCGCUGAGAACCAGAGCACGAGGAAGAGGAGCCGGAGCAGGAAGGUGAGAGGACGAGUGAACGAGGGAGCAGAGAAGUAAAGAGAGAGAGAGAAAGAGAGAGAGCCAUGGAGCAGCAGAGGCAAAGGACUCUCUCCACAUCCGGAGAAUCUCUGUACCUGGUUCUGGGCGUGGAGAAGAGCGCCACCGCUGACGACAUCAAGAAGUGUUACAGGAAACUGGCGUUAAAGUUUCACCCGGACAAGAACCCGGACAAUCCAGACGCUGCCGAGAAGUUCAAGGAAAUCAACAACGCCCACUCCAUACUGGUGGACACCACCAAGAAGAACAUCUACGAUAAGUACGGCUCCCUGGGGCUGUACGUGGCCGAGCAGUUUGGAGAGGAGAACGUCAACACCUACUUUGUUCUGUCCAGCUGGUGGGCCAAGGCCCUGUUCGUCUUCUGCUGUCUGUCCACUGGCUGUUACUUCUGCUGCUGCCUGUGCUGCUGCUGUAACUGCUGCUGUGGGAAAUGUAAACCUCGGCCGCCCAUGGACCAGGAGCCCGACUUCUACGUGUCCCCCGAGGACCUGGAGGCCCAGAUGACGGCUGACGAGAGAGGUGGCGGCGAGCCCGUCGUCCUGCAGCCGUCUUCAGCCACAGAAACCACCCAGCUCACCGGCGACGCCCACCACAGCUACCGGACCGACGCCUACUAACCACACGCACACGUUAAGAGCACACGUUAAGAGCACACGUUAAGAGCACACGUGACCUGAUCCCCGCUCAAGUAUCACAACCGUGACACUAACAUGUUGCACACACACUUGGAACAUCUGCAGUGGGGCUGUUAUUAUUUUUUUUAAUAUUCAGAUCUAUUCAGAUUUUUAAUGAUCUUUUUAAUUAAAUUGAAAGCGAACACAUUUAUAAAAUAAAUACAAAAUACAUAUUUGAAUCAUAUUGAGGUUUCUGUUCAACCUCAGAAUUGUGUGUUCCAACAGCCCUUAUCUGCACCAGACACACACACACACACAUACACACACACACACACACACACA